ACUAUAAUAAAAGGGUUAAAUUCAAACUAAACCGUCAUAGCUAAUCAUCAACCAGACGGUUAACCAAAGAAGAAGUAAAGGAAGGAACAAUAAACAAACAAAGAAGAGGAAGAAGAAGAGAAUGGAUUAUUGAUGUGGUUAGUGCGUUUAAGGGGAAGGAUUUCAAGGAGGGCGCCAAAAAUACCCAAAAUUAACCGAUUGAAGGACACCCAUGAACGUUUCUUUGGGAGACAAAUAGCGUCAAAACAAGGAAGGAAAGAGCUUGAGUCUGGUUCACGCCAAGCCCCCCCAAUUUGGCCACAGAAGAGAGAGAGAGAGAGAGAGAGAGAUGGAGGCUUUGAUUCCUUCUUUCUUCCCUUUCUUCUGAUUCUCCCAUUUCUCUUCCCUUCUUCCUCCGUCACCCAUUCCUUCCUAUAAAGAACCCCUUCCCCACACUUUCCCUCUCAACCAUCUUCCACAACCCUCUCUUCCUUUCCUUCCCUUCCCUUCCCUUCCCCCCUGUUUCUGUCUUAAAGUUGGGAGCUUUACCCAUUCCUUUCCCAGCUACCCUUUUCCCCUCUCUGGAAGUCAAAUAUGGAGAAGCACAGCUUCGUGAAGAAUGGCGUCCUGAGGCUGCCACCUGGCUUCAGAUUCCACCCGACUGACGAAGAACUCGUUGUUCAGUACCUGAGGAGGAAAGCCUACUCCUUCCCUUUGCCGGCCUCCAUUAUCCCUGAAGUCGACGUCUGCAAAUCCGAUCCCUGGGACCUGCCAGGGGAUUUGCAGCAAGAGAGGUACUUCUUCAGCACCAAGGAGGCCAAGUACCCGAAUGGGAACCGUUCGAAUAGAGCGACUGCCUCGGGUUACUGGAAGGCCACAGGGAUCGACAAGCAAGUUCUGGCUUCCAAAGGGAAUUAUGCUGUGGGGAUGAAGAAGACCCUGGUUUUUUACAGAGGGAAGCCUCCCCAUGGAACUAGAACCGAUUGGAUCAUGCAUGAGUACCGCCUGCUUACUCCUGAAAAUACUACUCUCGCCAACAACAACAACAACAUCUCAACUCAUCAGAGCUCUGUUGUGCCAAUGGAGAACUGGGUUUUGUGCCGGAUUUUUUUGAAGAAGAGGGGAGCCAACAACAAAAACGAGGAGGAAACCAGAAGCUGCAUUCAAAUUGGGGACCAGAAAAAUGGGAUAAUCAUUCCUUCCCCUAACCCCAAAACUGGGACUACCACUCCUACUACUAGAAAGGUUGUGUUCUACGACUUCAUGAGAAAGGACAGCAGUAGUACAAGGGAUUUGAAUGUUGUUCCAUGUGGAUCAUCUUCGGGAUCAAGUGGAAUCACAGAGGUUUCCAGUGAUGAACCAAAAGAGCAUGAAGAAGAAGAAGAACACAGCAGUAGCAAUUGCCACAACAGUUUUCCUUAUUUCAGGAGAAAACCAUAGAAAGACCCUCUCUUUUUUUCACUUGCCACCCACUUCAGAAUUACCCUGUUUCCAGUUCUCUGUAUCAGUAAACAUCCAUCCCAAGGCUUAUUUCUAGUUUCAGAAGUAACUUAUCUUGAGUUUGUUCAUUUGAUUCCCCCCAUGUACUAAUGAAAAUCAGUCUCUAGACAGCAUUGUUAAGUUAACUGUUAAUCAGAUCAGUUAUGAAUGUAAUCAAAACCAGAACUUCACCCAUCUAUUAGUCUGUGUUAUUUACUUUCAUGCAUAUGACACAAUAUGGUGGUUUUGGAGCUGAACUUGGUCAGGGAUUGUGUAAGGCUUACGUUAUCUCUGAUUCCAACAGCCGCAUGAGCGUGCGAAAUUCACACACUUUACCUAAAGGGCUGCACGAAAAGAAAAGUCCUCUUUUUGGGAGGAACAUUGUCAAGAAUGAGAAACCCUCAAGCAGCUUAGCAUCAGAAUACGGGAAUGUCAUUCUUUUAGGCAAAAGAUUGCUGCAAGUCAGCUUCACUAAACUUCCACAUGCAGCAGAAGGGAGGAAACUUGUGGGGAAAGCAAAUUGUACAUUUAUUUAACUAGGGAGAACCAAAUUCUUCAAUCUCUCGAAUCUCUAUGUAGAUGGUAUCAGAAAAGCUUGAAAGACACUCAAUUGCAUGCAACUGGAGAACUGUAGUAGCAGUAGCAGUGAGGGUGGAAGAAUCUCAGAGGAAGGGGGAAAAACAGACAUUCUUUCUUGCAGCAGUUCAUAGAUAUCUGCAAAAUCUUUUUUUGGGUGGGUUUUGGCUGCUGCGGCUAAUAUUAAUAAUGUCAAACUCUUGAGAAUAAUAAGAAGAAACAUAAUAUGGUAUGUUUGUUGCGGGGAACAGGGUUAACAAGAAAUUCAAAUUUCGAGACUGGUAGGUUGGAACAUGGAGACUUGAACGAGUAAUAAAUAAAUAUAUUCAUAACUUAAAUAUUUGAUGUUAUUGUGUGUUAAAGUAAAGAACUUGGGGAGAAGAAAAAGAAGAUUGAGUCUUUGGCAAGGGAAGCAUCUGAACACGACCUGGAAUCCAAAGUUACUAUGACUUUUACUUGUGGAAGUGUGUGUAGAUUGAUUUAUGUCUCUUUGUAUUAUGCUUGCAAGAGAACCCUUUUUAUUAAGUUUAAGUAAAAACACAUUUUUAUCAAAUUACUUUCCAGCAGCAGCAGAACCAUAAAAGUGACUCUUUCCUGUGUGUGUUUUGUAAGAAUGUGAUUCUGCAAACUAGUUUCCAAUGCUUGCAGCUUUGACUUUAAUCUAGAACCAAAACUCAGACAAAAAAGACAACAUUUUUCAGUUCCUUUUCUCUUCUUUACAACUCGUUUGAUGAACCAACCUAGUUCGAGCAGAAUAAGAUCGUAAGUGUAGCAAAACUCUCUCUACCAAGCAAUACAAUACGGCUUAGCUCCUAAUCACACAAACAUGCAGCUGCAGGUGGGGAGGAAGGGUGUUUAGUAACCUAAUUAAGUUAAGGUAUGAUAUGAUAUGGUUGACUCACCCAUCCAAAUCAA